UCAAUUCAGCUAUUGUUGGGUCUGUUGCUUUGAAGAAUAUUUGUUUUGAGUUUUUUUUUCCAAUCUUCUGCUAAUCUUCUGCUACUGUGUCGGUGGCAGUGAGGUGGCAGUGAAGGACUAUUUUUUUUUUCUCAAAAAAGUCUGAAAAUUCUGAAAAAUUCCGAUUUUCCGAAAAUUCCAAAAAAAUCGGAAUCGAUUCUUGAAUUCCGAACAAAUCCGAAUUGGAAUCGGAAGGCAUUUUGGACUUCCGAAAAAAAUCGGAAUUUUUCCGAAACACCCAAAUCCGAUCCGAUCUCCACCCCUAUGUGCAUUCAAUGCAUUCUGACUAUUUCCUUGUUUGUCUUGUUCAUGGUGUUCAUAGAUUGAGGAUGACAAGAUUAUAGUACCCCAAAAUUCGUUGAUUGAAGUCAAUCAGUCUGGUCUUCUCAUGGAAACUUUGUCACGGAUAUGUGUGAAAAACUUGCCCAAGUAUGUGGCAGAGGACCGUCUGAGAGAGUUCUUCUCCCAGAAAGGGGAAGUCACCGACGCCAAGCUUAUGCGCACCAAGGAUGGGAAGAGCAGGCAAUUUGGAUUUGUUGGAUUUAGGACUGAGCAUGAAGCCGAGAAAGCCACAAACUACUUCAACAAGUCUUUCCUGGAUACUUGCAGAAUUACUUGUGAGAUUGCUCAAAAGGUUGGAGAUCCCAAUAUUCCCCGCCCUUGGAGUCGACACUCAUUGAAGAAGAAGAAAGAGAAUGCUUCUGAAGAAGAGGAAAGAUUAACUGGUUCAGAAAAAGAGAAGACAACAACCAGCUCAAAAGUUUCUACUGUAGUACCUCAAGGGACAAGUAAGAAGAGUAAAAAGGAUGAGGAGAUCGAUGACCCUAAACUUCAAGAGUUUCUUCAGGUCAUGGAGCAUCGUAGCAGGUCAAAAUUGUGGGCAAACGAUACACUUGCAGCCCCCUCUCUUCAGCAAAGCAAAGUAGCAACAGAUAAUAAAUUUCAUAUGGCAGAAGGGCAUGAUGGCAAAUUAAAUGGAGAGAGUGCUGAUCUUGAGGAAGUUAAGGGAGACGGAAAUGUUUUAUCAGAGAAACAAGAGCCAGAAAAACCAAAUAUUUUGGUUCAUGAUGAAUUUGUAUCCGACAUGGAUUACUUUAAGAGCAGAAUUAAAAAGAAAUGGUCAGAUUCAGAAACUAGCGACAGUGAGGGUAGUUCUGAUGGCACUGAUCAUGGUGAUGGUGAUGAUAAUGAUGACUGCAGUGACUCUCAGGACAAGAGUAACCAUGAUCCUACAGAUAAUAAACUUGAACCUGCAGUUCCCAAAAGCGAGGUUGAUGAUGGCUCUUCUGGAGAAUGUGGAAUAAAUGGCUCAGGUAAUCCUUCAUCAAGUCCAAAAAACAAGAAUGAUGAAGUUCUAGAAUCUGGUCGUCUCUUCAUCCGUAAUCUUCCCUACACUACCACUGAGGAGGAACUGGAAGAUCACUUCAGUAAAUAUGGGACCAUCUCUCAGGUCCAUAUUGUCAUUGACAAAGACACAAGACGUUCCAAGGGAUUUGCUUAUGUUCUCUUUGCACUCCCAGAAUCUGCUGCUAGGGCAUUAGAAGAGAUGGACAGUUCAAUUCUUCAAGGAAGGUUAUUGCAUGUCAUGCCUGCUAAACAAAAAUAUGUUCCUGAUAUGCAAGAACACAGUAUUGCUGGCAAUCUGUCUUCAAAAACGUUUAAGCAACAGAAGAUUUCGGAGAGGAAGGCAUCAGAAGCUUCUGGAAAUACACGGGCAUGGAAUAGUUUAUUUAUGCGCCCUGAUACUGUUGUCGAAAACAUUGCACGGAGAAGUGGUGUCAGUAAAAGUGAACUACUAGAUAGAGAAAAUGAUGAUCUUGCUGUGAGAAUAGCAAUGGGAGAGACUCAAGUGAUUGCUGAGACAAAAAAAGCUCUCGCAGGUGCUGGGGUUAAUAUUUCCUCUUUAGAGAAGUUUGCUGAUGGUAAAACUGAUGGUCUUAAAAGAAGCAACCAUGUUAUAUUAGUGAAGAAUUUACCUUAUGGUUCAUCUCAAAGUGAAUUAUCAAAUAUGUUUGGGAAAUUUGGCAGCUUGGACAAAAUCAUUUUGCCUCCUACUAAAACCAUGGCUUUGGUUAUCUUUCUAGAACCUGCUAACGCUCGGGCAGCUUUCAGAGGUUUAGCAUACAAGCGGUACAAGGAUGCCCCACUAUAUUUGGAAUGGGCACCUGGUAAUAUUCUCAGUGAAACUUCAGCUGUUGGUGAUAAUGAAGUUGUUGGUGGACAUGAUGUCAAGAGAGCUUUGCUAGAGCAACAAGUCGAAGAUACUACUGAUGCAGAUGUUGACCCUGAUAGAAUUGAGUCACGCUCUUUGUAUGUUAAGAACCUGAACUUCAGAUCAUCUGAUGAGAAUUUGAAAACGCAUUUCGCGGAGCACAUGAAGGGAGGGAAUAUACUAAGUGUCAGGGUGAAGAAGCAUAUGAAGAACGGAAAAAAUGUUUCCAUGGGGUUUGGUUUCAUAGAGUUUGAUUCUAUUGAUACAGCAGUGACAGUUUGCAGGGACCUGCAGGGAACUGUAUUGGAUGGGCAUGCCCUCAUAUUACAACUCUGUCAUGCUAAAAAGGAUGCAGUAUUGCCUAAAAAAGUUGAAAAUGACAAGAGUUCUACAAAGUUGAUUGUAAGGAAUGUAGCUUUUGAGGCCACAGAAAAGGAUCUCAGACAACUAUUCAGUCCAUUCGGACAGAUAAAGAGAUUAAGGCUGCCAAUGAGGAUUGGGAAACAUAGGGGUUUUGCAUUUAUAGAGUAUAUGACGAAACAGGAAGCUCGGAAUGCACUUGAAGCUCUUUCCAACACCCAUCUCUACGGUCGUCACUUGGUUCUGGAGAGAGCCAAGGAAGGUGAAACCUUAGAGGAAUUACGGGCUAGAACGGCUGCUCAGUUCACAGACUCCACUAACUUAUCCAAAAAAAGAAAGCAGUUGCCCGUAUUUGAUGAAGGAAAUAACGAGUUUGAAAGAAUGGUAGAUUAGAAUUUUGGGUUGUCUUUGUUGUCAACUAUUUGUAUUACUGAAAUAUUUUACAAAUUUUGAAUUGUAAAAAAAAGGACUUAUGAAAACGACAUCAACUCGAUCUAACGAGCGACUACUCACUAGUUUUAUCUCUAUUUCCGCUCAUUAUCGUUUGAGCAUGGAGGAAAUGAUAAUUGGGAGGAGGGAGAAAGCUUCAAAAUGGGGGAAUUGGAUUGGGAGGGUUUGUUGGCUAAUGUCUCCUCUUUACCUAAUUUCCUUGAUUUUCAACUUC